AUGGUGAUCUACAUCAGGCAUCCAAAGGCCCUCUCCUGGGCGGUUGGCCUUCUGCUGCCCAUCUCGUGCCUCACAGAAGGGACCUACGGCUAUCGUCCUCCAGCUGGGGGAGAAGCCGCGCCGUCAAUGUUCCAGGCCAAUGUCAGCACCUCUUCUGCACCACAGCCCCUGCACCAGGCCUGGAGCCGCGGACCCCCCACCGGGUUUGUCUCAGGCAGAGAUCAGGCGAGCGGCAAGCCCUUGGAUACCACAGAUUUCAAAUUCAAGGGAGCAGCUCUCGAUGCAUAUCCGGACACUACGUUCCAGAUCAACACGGGAUGCUCGCCGUCCGCUCCUAAUGACAAUCUGGCUACGGGAGCGCUCGUCUAUGGUGUCAGCAACUUCAAUUCUUCUCAGAGAACCUACUACUUCACUUACAACCUCACCACCCUCUCUGAUGCUGACAAGCCACAGUAUAAAAGCGUGCUGGCAGGUUUCAUCGAGAGGCUCCAAAACAUGGUCGACGGCGAGCCUAAGUGUAACACGCCCAUCUCUGCCGUGAACAAUCUGGAGGCGAGCGCCAAUUACAAGGGGGACUUGCUUUCGGACGUCAUGACGCUGCAGGACAGUGACGCAUGCUGUCAAGCCUGCAAGUCCAAGCAGGGCUGCAAUGUGUUUGUGUGGUGCCCAGCCAGUGGAGGCUGUGACACGGGUGGAGGCAGCAAGUUUCCUUACCAGGGCUGCCAGCUCAAAUCGCAGCCUGGCCUGACUGCCGGGUCCCAGCCAGAGGCCUGGGGCAGGGGCCCUGGCACCACAGAUUUUGCCUCAGCAGAUGGAGGCGUGGUGGAGAAAUUAGUUUUGGUUUAA